GUGAACACAUGCAUGCACGCGCUCGUGCACGCACACACACAAACAGCGUACACGGUUUAUUUAUUCAUGAGCAUCAUGCUGGAUUGGACCCAUAUUUUGCAAACACAGGGGCAGAGGUUGAUGUGAGCGGCAGCAGCGGUGUGGUCGCGGCCGGACAGACCAACCUGUGCCUGGCUCUACCCGGAACCAUUAUGCAGACAGGAAACUACCAUUUUAAAGCUAGCAGCAUCGGAGGAGCCGUCGUCUACAGAGGGGGACAUCUAAAUCUGACACGGGGCGGAAAACAGCCAACCGAGGAGAAAAUAAGGAAAAACACGACGCAAACAAAACAAAGGCGCCGUUUAGGUGAAGACGAGCAGUAAACCAGUGGAGCAGUACUACUGAGGCGGCAGACAAUGGACAUAUCGGGUCAGGCCAGCGGAAAUAGUUUUUGUUAGCGAAUGUAAAGCAGCCCUCCCGGGCCGAUGGAGAGCCAGGCCUUUCACAGUGUUUUUCCAUGGAUGAAGAAAAAGGCCCCGCUGACAGGCAGUAGGGACCCCGCUCUCACGGCGCACUGUCCGCUCGAUGUUUUUACGCUUUUACUCCCAUGUUUCUGAGCUUUUUUUGCACGUAGCCAUCGUAUGCUACAAGGCUGUCGACCUGAAGACACCGGUUGUCGGCGGAGAGAGCGGCAGUUUCUCCCCCAACAGCUGCGAUCCAGCAGGGAGCUCCAGACCUGUAGAUCCGCCGGCUGUCCGAAGAACUCCAUGAGGGGACAGAAGGGCAGUGAAGCAAUGGUUCACCCUCCACUGAAAUAGCUGUCACACUCCACUUCAUGGAACUGCUGACCUGAUAAAAAAAACAAUCGGCAUACUAUUAUGGAACACUUAAAAAAAAACACUACAGACUCUGUUUUUUAAUAUGAUUUAGUUUAUUACCUAUUUAUGACCCUUUAAAAAAAGAAAAAUCCCGCAGACGCACUUGAAGGCUUCACUCUUGAAUGAAGAAUAAAACUACUAGUGAUACCAUUUAUGUGAGGGAAAAAAAUCGAGCAUCGGCUUUUGGUGGAUUAUAGCUGUUUGUUGGAAUUUUGGGGUCAGGACUACCUCUGAAAAUCCCACCUUGUCAGUUUGACAAGGGGUCAUUGCUAUUUCCAGCAAUUGCAGGCUUAGUGCACGUGGCAGUUGUAGCUACGUGGCACUUUGCCACAGCUGUAUUGGAAGAUGUUCCAGUUCAGCAAGUACCCAAUGGACAUUUUAGAGAUGCUGAGUGGACACCAGGCCCACCAGUUCAAAGGCCUUGGAUUAGAACGACAACUGAGCCACCAGCAGCAGGUCCAACUGCAGCAUCAGCAGCAGCUUCAGCAGCAGCACCAGCCCUCCGUCGAUGGCUCUGGAAGCCUCCUGUCUGGCCUCGGCCUGGGAUCCCUCCAGAGUUCUCGGAGUAAUGCCUUCGCAGACUCCUCAUCAUUAUUCGCCAAAAUGAGCGCACCUUCCGCAUCCAUCUCCCAUCAGAGCCAGUCGUCCUCUUCGUCUCACAGCUCCAGGAAGUCCAGUAAGAUGAGCAGUAGUAGCAGCAGUGGGAGCGGGAGCUCGGGAUACCCCCAGUUUCUGCGGCCUUUUCACCCAGCAGAGGCUGCGCUGGCUCAGGAGCAGCUCCACUCCGGGAUGGGACGUUUUGACUUUGGUGGGGGCAGCAGUGUAGGAAGUGCAGGGGUCAUCGGUGGAGUUGUCACACCCGCACCCCCGCCUCCACCCCUGCAUCCAGGUCUCUCUGUCCCUCAGCCCUCAACUGGUCCCCCCACUUCCUCACCUUCUUCCUCCACCUCUUCAGCCUCCAUCAACCCUUCCGGCAGCACUGCAGUCCCGUUAGUCGGCCAGUCGGAUCCCCGCAGCCUCCACCAGCAGUUCAGCUGCAUGCUCGCCGCCAACCAAUACUUCCUUUCCGGCGUCCCCACCAACAGCAGCCUGGAGCAGUUCCUCGUUCAGCAAGGCACUCACAACCACUUGGGCUUGGGUCUAAGCCAAGGGCCCACUGACUCAAACUCGGCCCUGGCCCCUCCCCCCGCCCUCCACUCCGCACACAGCCACAGCCACAGCCACGCAGCUCUACCAAUUCAGCAGCAACAACAGCAGCUGACCCCUCACGCCUUAUCUCAUCCACACAGCCACACUCACCACCCGCACCCUCUCCACCCGGCACCCCAGCCUGCCCCACUGGGUGGUUUUGAUUUCCAAGGCAUUCCAGUCCUUUCCUCGAACCAGAUAGCAUCACUAAUGCAGCAAGAGGUUGGCCUUUCCCUCCCCCUGCCCCUGCACCUGUCCCUCUCUAAAGAUGAUGCAAAGACAGGAGACAGCUCGUCUUCAUCAGCUUCAAGUGGAGGAAGCCGGAGAAAGAAAGCAAUGGCGGGCUACCUGCCUCAGAGGAAAUCGGACAGUAGCCACAGUCACAGCACUCACAGCCAUAACAGCAGCUCGAGUGGGCACAGUCAGAGCUCCUCAUCAGGCCUUGUGGGAGGAGGAUCUGGGGGUGUUGGAAUAAGUGGCAUCGGAAGCGAGCCACCGCAUUCCUCUCUCCUCUCAUCGUCCUCUCAGCAACAGCAGUCAUCCUCCACCGUGUCCUCCUCUUCGUCUGCCCCUCGUUCCUCUAACUCCACCUCUGUGCUUGUAGCCAACGGUAACCAACAGUUGUCCAAAUCUCAAGACAGCCACAGUAAUAGUUCAUCUGGCCAGCCUGAGCCAGAACCCCUUUACCACUGUGGUGAAUGUGGUAAAACCUUCACCCACCUCUCCAGCCUGCGAAGGCAUCUCCGCAGCCACGGCUUAACACCAGAAAGCCAAAGCAGGAAGUCAGACUGUAACUCCCCCAGCCCAGAGAGGAUAUUCUGCUGUGGCGAGUGUGGGAAGAGAUUUAAAAAGAGGGGUCACCUCAUUCAACAUAGUGUCACUCACUCAGAAAACCGGCCUUUUGUCUGCAACAUCUGCCAGAAAUCCUUCAACCGCCGAGAGUCACUAACAAGACAUGAGAAGAUACACGACGAGAAGCCUUUCCGCUGCCCGGCCUGCGGGCGUUGCUUCCGUGAGAGCACCUCCCUUCUCAACCAUGCUGCUUCAGGUGCCUGUGGCAAACCUCCUCGUAGUUCAAAAAACCGGUCUGGCAGCGAAGGAAGUGGAUCAUCCAACCCAAGCAGCAGUAAAAUGGGAAGCAGUGGAAACAGGGUAGGACUCCCAAACGAUGGGGCAGCAAUGGCGAAUGACAAGUAUGCAACAGAUUAUUCCAGAAAUCGCUACCAGAAUCAGUCGCCCUACAGCGGGGUCGAUGACUACAGGCGAUCACAACCCUCGUCUCUGUACUCCUCAGAGAGUACGCUAGCCAGUGAAAUGACCAACCAAACUCUGCGUAAGGCCCCUUUAGCCCCAACUCUUCAUCCCCACCCACAACCGCAGCAGCACCACCACCACCACCACCAACAGCCGCCGCAGCAGCAGCAACAACAACCGCAGCCACACCUCCCCCUCUCCUCCCUGUUGGAUGAUUCGGAGGAUGAAGUCACCAGCAGUGCGAUGUCGGCCAUCGCUGCUGCAGCCGCAGCCUCCUGUGAUAUAAACACUGAAAGCCGGGAAGGAGAGAGGCGGGAUAUCAUUGGAGGCCUCCUUGGGGGGUUGGGGUUUGGUAAUCUUGGCGGACCGUCAUCUACGUCCAGCCUCAACGGUUCUACCAUGCCUUUGACCCACCCUAGCCAGCCGAACACGAAGCCCAGGAGGCCAAGGAAGCCCAGAGAGAAGAGGGACCCAAGCAACGUCGUCAGGAGAAGAAGGAGCCCUGCCCCUCCAGGGGACGGGUCAGAACGGCCGUACAGCUGUCAGAUUUGUUGCAAACGCUUCAGAAGGGCGGAGACCCUACGGCGCCACACCCGCGUCCACACGGGCGAGAAGCCUCACGCCUGCGACAUAUGUGGCAAAAUGUUCCGUGAGCCUUUCCACCUUACCAAGCAUCUGACCGUGCACUCUGGUCAAAAGAACUACAAAUGCAAUCUGUGCGGGAAGAUGUUUGCCUAUGCACAGAGCCUAGUGAGACACGGGAAGUUGCACAGAAAAGGUGAGAUCGACAGCCAGGGGAGGAGAAUUAAAGGAGCUGCUGCUGCUGCUGCUGCUGCUGCCGCUGCUGCCGCUGCUAUCAGUCAAGUCGCCCCCUCGGGAAACUCUGACUACUUCUCAUCAUGCUCCCAAGGAGAAAAGUCUCCAACAUCGGGCACCCCCUCUCAGAGGCUUUAUACCUGUACAGUGUGCUGGAAAUCAUUCCGCCACUACUUUCACCUGACGGCACAUCAACAGACGGUCCACUGGUGGCGGGGUAGGGCUGAGAAGUCCUUUCGUUGUGAAGUAUGCGGUAAAGCCUUUGCCUACUCCAACAGCUUAGUGCGCCACAAGCUGUCUCAGCAUGGCAUCGACCGCAGCGGCCAGCGUGUCAACCAGUCCCAACCCUCCGUAUACUCACCGCUCUUCUAUGAUUCUGGAUCAGGUCCAAACUACGCUGGGUCGUCUCACAUGCAGCAAGGGGCCCCUGGGCAGCAGCAACCACAACCACCACCACAACAGCAGCAACAGCAACAGCAACAGCAGCAGCAGCAGCACCCUUUUCACUACCGCUCAAAAAACUUCCAAAAGAGGCUUGGACAAACAAAAAAGCAAAAAAAAAAAAAAAGGCAACUGCUGAUCCACAGCAUCAUGAGAGACGGAAAGCUGGUGGGUGUUCCUCUGAGUAAAGACACCCGCAGGAAGCUGAUGCUUCUGAGGAAAAAGAGGGGCAGACUGCAGGCGCAGCUCAAGAAAAAAAAGAUCCUGGCCCAGCUGAGGAUAAAAGGUGGUGUGAUAAAAGUAAAGUCUUGGAGCGGAGGUGCUGUCAAAGUCACCGGGCUCACCUCAAUGGAGGUGCCCAUUAAGCGCUUCCCCUGCCCCAUCUGCCCCAGUGCAACAUAUGCCAUGCAGGGUUCUCUCCUGGUCCACCACGCCAUCAGGCACCCACCGAGAAACUCAGGCCGCCACGCCCGUCUGCGGUGCCAGGAGUGUGGGAGACGCAACAGCUCAUUACACAAAGCCUUGAAACACAGGGGCCUGCAUCUUAAACAAGCUGCAUUCCAAUGCCGCAAAUGCCGACACCGUUUCUGGAACUCCCAGCUUCUGGCCCGACACAAGUUCUGCUGUCGGGGGCUGACCAUCGGCAGAAACUGGGAACUGAUGAAGACGAAAUCCCCACCGACACAUGACCAGUCAGAAAGUGACCAUACACCUGUCCAGCUGACGGUCCCGGUUCUGGUCCAGCCUGAGAGAUCAACAGUUCUGACUGAGUACAGUCAGUAAAAAAAAAAACUGUUUUUUAGACUAGAUUGUUUUGAUGUUUUAUUUUUUUUAGAUAAUCCAAGAAGCAAGCAAGUUUUUAACAGAACAAGUGGGAAGGGUUUAGUGUAACUACCGUAAUAUCCCCACAACCCUCCCGGAUAAAUCUGUAUACAAUCCUAACGUACUGCAGCAGAGGUGGUUGAUGAAUUAGAGUGGACUUCAAAAGGCCUAAAAUCAGAACCACCCUCAUCAUCUGGCUCCCCUUACCCUAAGGUGGAGGAACUCUUGACCAUGUGACAAUUUUAGUAGCACCUGUUUGAAAAAUGCAUUAAUCCAGUUUCCUCUCAUCAUGUUUUUAUUUUUGUUUUUAAUUUCCCCAUUAGCAGUGUUUGCGCAUACAUAUGGAUUGGAUGCCGAUUGUAGAAGUGAGGUACCUUUUAGUACCAGUUUAUUUUUUCAAAUUGUUUUCACAUUAUUCACAGUUAAACCGUAUAGUCUGUGUCUCUUGCUCUGUAUGUGUUUAUUUGUUACCCCAGUGGAGAAUCUCUCACCUUUUAUACUGAGAUGACAUCUGCCCUUUAAGAUAAAUAAAUCUUUCAAGAGAGAAAGGUGAAGGGUCUAAUCUGUCACACAAAAGGCAGUUUGAUAUGCUAAAGUGACUGAAAAGGACAAAAGGAGUUAGGACAAAACAGAAAAGUGUCUGUAACCUUGUUUUUAAUGUACACUACUUUUUUGUCUUUUUUUUUAAGGAGGCGUGGAUGUAGAGAAAACACGACUCAAACUGUUAAUGUGUUCAGGAUUUGAAAAGGACAACAGAAAUAACCGGAGUGUACUGUAUAAUUCGUAUUAUAUUUUAUUAUAUAUUGAUUAUUUGCUGUUUUUUACUCCAAGUAUCAUUUAUUUUAUCAUCGUUGGUAUUGUAUGGGUGGGAGGGAACGAGUUGGGGACUGUCUUUGUGAAACAGCGGGAUGAGUAUAUGUAUCGAUGUGAUAUUUUUUGCACCUCCCUGUACCCCUUUUAGCUACUCCCUCUUUGCUACCGUUAUGCCCAAUUUUUGUAACAAAAGCGUGUACACAUAGUUCAUUACUUAGGUCCUGUCCAGACGUGUUUUUUCUUUUUUCUGUAAAACUAAAACAUGUAAUAUUACUAAAUUACUAUCCUUUUCUUUGCCUAAAAGUGAGUUGUUGAAAACCCUCAAAUCAAAUUAAAAAAAAAUCUGAAAUGUUA